CGCGUACUCAGCUAUGGUACAUCAUUCGAUGUGUUCUUGAUGGUUACGUCCUGCAUCACAUCCGUCGGUGCAGGCAUGGCAUUCCCACUUCUAAACAUUUUGACAGGGGAGCUCGUCGGCGACUUUACUGGCUAUUUCGCAGAAAACACCACAAUUACGAAGCAACAGUUUCAGGCAUCAGUGAACAAGAACUCACUAUACCUUGUGUACAUCUUCAUUGCAAAGUUUGCCUUAUCGUAUAUCUCAAUGCUCACGAUUCGAAUCAGUGGAUUGCGCAUAUCAGCUGCUUUAAGGUUGGCUUACCUACGAGCUACGUUCAUGCAACCAGUCAGUACGAUCGAUACGAUAUCUCCCGGCAAAAUUUCUACACGAAUCACCACAUCCUCAAAUACUAUUCAGCUUGCCAUCUCGCAGCACUUCGCCAUGCUCUUCCAGUCUCUAACAUUCGUCAUCGGUCUCUACGUUGUGUCGUUCAUCAAGAGCUGGCUUCUCACCUUGGUAGCUAGCGCGUCCCUGCCAUUCAUACUGAUAGUUUACGGUGCGAUCAUUCCUCCGUUUACGAAACUUCACAAAAAGGCCGAGACAAUACAGGAGGAAGCAUCUGCACUGGCAUACGAGAUGUUUUCGUCUAUACGAGUUGUCGCGGCAUUUGGAGCCGAGGAUAGGCUCGCUAAGAAGCACGCUGCUCUCCUAGAUAAGUCGGUCCAGAUUGAGCAGAAGAAAGGCCCAAUCAUGGGGUUGAUGAUGGCACCGUCUAUGAUGGCCACGUAUGGGAUCUUCGGGCUUUCGUUCUGGUUUGGCAUAAGACAGUACACACGCGGCCAUAUUGAUGAUGUCGGCCAGAUCGUUGUGGUCCUUUUCUCUGUCAUGCUCGCUGUUCUUAGCAUUGGCAGAUUAGCCAGUCCUAUCAUCGCUGUUAUAAAAGCAUCAGCAGCAGCAGCUGAGAUAUUCAUAACUAUCGAUGCAUCGGUUCAAGAUACAAAGGGGCUCAAAGAACCCGACGUAUCUUCCGAAGACGAUAUUCAUCUUGAGAACAUCUCCUUUUCAUACCCGAGUAGGCCUGACGUCCACGUCCUUGAAGAUCUUAAUAUCCGCUUCGAAGCCGGCAAAGUCACGGCAAUAGUGGGACCAUCCGGCUCCGGCAAGAGCACUAUUGUGGGACUUCUCCAGCGAUGGUAUGACCUUGCAGGUACAAUUGCACACAGGAGCCCUAGAGAGGUCAACGAGAAGCAAGUGGUAGACCAUGACAUUCCAGAGCCAGACGACAGCCACAAGAAAUCGAGAAAGUCCAAGAAAUCCAAGAAAUCCAACAAGUCCAAUCCGUCAGACCAGGCGGUUGAAAGCAAGGGCGAAGAAAAAGUUUUGGGCCCCAAUACCUGCACUGGCAUGAUCCGAGUUGGUGGAAGGGAUCUCUUGGAUAUUGAUCUGAAGUGGUGGAGGUCUCAAAUUGGCCUCGUACAACAGGAACCGUUCCUUUUCAACGACACCAUUUUUAAUAAUGUUUCUUUCGGACUAUGUGGCACCCGAUACCAGAGCUUAUCAAGAGAAGAGAAACUCAAGUUGGUAGAAGAGGCUUGCAAAGAAGCAUAUGCAGACGAAUUCAUUGCGAAGCUACCAAAAGGCUACGACACUAUGGUGGGUGAAAGCGGCAUUAAGUUGUCUGGUGGCCAGCGACAACGAAUCGCAAUUGCACGCAGCAUCAUCAAACAACCGGCGGUUCUGAUUCUUGACGAAGCCACAAGUGCUGUUGAUGUCAGAACCGAGCGCAUCGUUCAAAAGGCGCUUGAGCGUGUCUCCAAGGGCCGUACAACCAUUGUAAUUGCUCACCGUCUUUCUACAAUCAAACGAGCAGACAAUAUCAUAGUCCUGCGAAAAGGCAAAUUAGAAGAGCAAGGAAGCCACGAUGAUCUACUCAAGAUCGAAGAUGGCAUUUAUCGCGGCCUGGUCCACGCCCAGGAACUGGCAACUGAAGCCGUCGAGGCCGAAGAUGGUGGCGAUAUUCAUAUCAUAAAAACAACAGAAAGUCGUCCUUCUAAGCCUCUAAUUGAAGAAGAGAUACAUGCUCAGAUUGACGAGCCAGAAUAUAAAGACCAGGGCUUACUUCGUGGUUUUGGUCGCCUUCUAGCAGAACAACGACAUCACACUUUGCUCUACACGAUCGCAGUUGUCGGCAUCCUUGGAGCUGGAGCGGUCUAUCCACUUCAAGCUUACAUUUUCGCCAAUGUGAUACAAGUCUUCACUUAUGUUGGCUCUAACGAAAAGCUCAUCAAGGAAGGUAAUUUCUGGGCCGGUAUGUUCGGUGUGGAGGCUGCAGGUGUCGGUUUGGCGUACUUUGCACUCGGAUGGACGAUGCAGCUCAUUGCAAAUGCGAUUACACGCUAUUAUCGACAAGAGUACUUAGAGAACAUGAUGCGAAAGGGAAUUCCGUUUUUUGACGCCGAAGGGCACUCUCCAGGCUCCCUUACCGCUCGUCUGAGUGCAGACGCCACGCAAAUCCAGCAAUUGAUGAGUACCGAGAUGUCAAUGGCAUUCAUCGCCGUUGUGAAUCUUGUCGGAUCUACUAUAAUUGCAUUUGUUUACGGAUGGAAACUCUCGCUGGUAGGGCUUUUCUGUGCUCUUCCGCCAAUAUUAGUUGCUGGCUAUCUGCGAAUCAGCCUCGAAAUGAAGUUUGAGAAGAUGACCGCAGCUGUAUUUGAAGACAGUUCGCAGUUCGCCACUGAGGCCGUAGGGGCCUUUCGAACUGUUCUCUCUCUGAUCAUGGAAGACAUGAUAGGGAACAAAUACCAAGCGUUGCUUGACGAUCAUGUGAAGAAAGCAUUUGGCAAGGCUAAGUUUGGAACGAUCGUCUUUGCAGCCUCCGACAGUAUCGAGAUGGCAUGCAUGGCAUUGGCAUUUUGGUAUGGUGGAACUCUUCUGGCAUCGCGUGAAUAUGGCAUUGUGGAUUUCUUUGUGAUCUAUAUGGCCAUCGUCCAGGGCGCUGUUGCAGCAGGGAUGUGGUUUUCGUUCGCACCUAAUUUGGCACAAGCAGGUGGUGCUGCGAACCGAAUACUGAGCAUGCGAGUGGUCAACAAUGCCGGAGACAAGAAGUAUGACGAAAUUGCAGAAGCAGAAGCCGGCGUUGGGGUCGAGUUUCGCAAUGUCUCCUUCACCUACAAGUCGCGGGAGGUGCCCGUAUUGUCUAAUUUGAAUUUAAAGGUAUUACCUGGACAAUUUGCCGCACUCGUUGGUGCCUCUGGGUGUGGAAAGUCGACGACGAUCUCACUACUCGAACGAUUUUAUGACGCUCAGUCUGGUCAUAUCUACUAUAAUGAUCAGGACAUAACUUCCCUUGAGACUUCAGAAUACAGAAAGCAGAUCAGUCUUGUGUCACAAGAGCCUACCCUAUACGAAGGGACUAUCCGAGACAACGUUGCUUUGUCUGUGGAUGAAGCGAAUGAUGAAGAAAUUUAUCAAGCCUGCGCAGACGCUCAAAUACACGAAUUCAUAACGUCGCUACCUGAUGGGUACAAUACGCGCCUUGGUCCCAAGGGCAUGUCCUUGUCUGGGGGACAGAAGCAACGGGUUUCGCUCGCAAGAGCUUUACUACGGAAACCGCAACUGCUUCUACUUGACGAGGCCACGAGUUCGUUGGACAGCGAGAGCGAGAAGCUGGUACAGACUGCAAUAGAGCGUGCUGCAAGCGGCUGCGGAAGAACGGUUCUAGCCGUUGCACAUCGGCUUGCUACAAUCCAGAAAGCGGAUGUGAUUUUCGUUUUAGGGAGCGGAAAAGUUCUUGAGAAGGGUGAUCAUCAGUCCCUGCUCAAGAAGAAAGGUAUCUAUUAUCAAAUGUGUCAAGCACAAGCUCUGGACCGUUGAGAUAGCAACUGUCUACUGUGUCUUCCGUGUCAGAUGUAGACACAACUCUACUUAUAUUUCAUAUUAUUUUAAUAUACAUCCCCUUCUCAUUCGCUUAAGACUAGACUUUAUAG